GGUUGAAUUUUCUUUUGAUGAAUGAAUUAAGUGUAGAAUUACAGACAUAGAGCUGAAGCGGCUGAAAGAUGCUUUCAAGAGAACUUGUGGACUCUCCUAUUAUAUGACUCAACAGUGCUUCAUCAGGGAAGUCCUGGGUGAUGGGGUCCCUCCAAAGGUUGCUGAGGUUAUCUACUGUUCAUUUGGAGGAAUAUCCAAAGGGCUGCACUUCAAUAACCUGAUAGUUGGGUUAGUUCUACUUACCAGAGGCAGAGAGGAAGAGAAGGCCAAAUAUAUUUUCAGCCUCUUCUCUAAUGAAUCUGGGAGUUAUGUUGUCCGUGAAGAGAUGGAGAAGAUGCUGCAUGUGGUUGAUGGGAAAGUCCCAGAGUCACUCAAGAAAUGUUUCUCUGAGGGUGAAAAGGUGAACUAUGAGAAGUUCAGGGUUUGGCUGUUGCACAACAAAGAUGCUUUCACCUUCUCCCGCUGGCUGCUCUCUGGGGGGGUGUACGUGACCCUCACUGAUGACAGUGACACCCCAACCUUCUACCAGACCCUGGCUGGAGUCACCCACUUGGAAGAAUCUGACAUCAUCGACUUGGAGAAGAGAUAUUGGCUGCUAAAGGCUCAAUCAAGAACUGGACGUUUUGACCUAGAAACAUUUGCCCCCUUAGUUUCCCCUCCAAUUCAUCCAUCCCUGAGUGAAGGUUUGUUUAAUGCUUUUGAUGAAAACAGAGACAAUCACAUAGAUUUUAAAGAAAUUUCCUGUGGGCUCUCAGCAUGUUGCAGGGGACCCUUGGCAGAAAGACAGAAGUUUUGCUUCAAGGUGUUUGACGUGGACAGGGACGGAGUGUUGUCUCGCACCGAGCUCAAGGACAUGGUGGUUGCACUUCUGGAGGUCUGGAAAGAUAAUCGGACAGAUAAAAUACCUGAGCUGGACAUGGGUUUGUCUGAAAUCGUAGAAGAUAUUUUGCAUAUGCAUGAUAACACAAAGCUUGGCCACCUCACUCUGGAGGACUACCAGAUCUGGAGUGUGAAGAGUGCACUUGCCAAUGAAUUUUUAAAUCUACUUUUUCAGGUGUGUCAUAUAGUUUUGGGGCUGCGACCUGCCACUCCGGAGGAGGAAGGACAGAUAAUUAGAGGCUGGUUAGAAAGAGAAAGCAGGUAUGGGCUCCAGCCAGGGCACAACUGGUUUCUCAUUGCCAUGCCCUGGUGGCACCAGUGGAAAGAAUAUGUCAAAUAUGAUGCAAAUCCAGUUGUGAUAGAGCCUUCAUCUGUCUUGAGUGGAGGUAAGAAUUCCCUGGUAGCUGCUGCAGCCAAUGCUUCAGAACAGGGAGAAGACAAACUGGGAGGUCUUAAUGACUUCAGUGCAACAGAAGAAAAGUUUUCAGAUAAUAUUUCUACUGCCUCAGAAGCCUCAGAGUCUACUAGCAGCAAUACUGUGUACCCUGGCACUCCAGGCACCGAGGUGUGUUUUGCUAGGCAGCACAACACUUCAGACAAUAACAACCAGUGUUUCCUUGGCACCAAUGGCAAUGCUCUGCUGCAGCUUAACCCUCAGAAACCAGGAGCUAUCGAUAACCAGCCCCUGGUGACACAGGAGCCAGUGAAGGCUGCAUCACUGACAAUGGAGGGAGGAAGGUUAAAGAGAUCUCCACAGCUGGUUGAAGGAAAGGACUAUGUCAUGGUACCAGAACCAGUUUGGAGAGCACUUUACCACUGGUAUGGAGCAAACCUGUCCCUGCCCAGGCCGGUGAUCAAGAACAGCAAGACCAACGUGGCUGAGCUGGAGCUGUUCCCGCGGUACCUGCUGUUCCUGCGGCAGCAGCCGGCCACGCGCACACAGCAGUCCAACAUCUGGGUCAAUAUGGGCAAUGUCCCUUCUCCAAAUGCUCCUCUGAAAAGGGUGUUGGCUUACACUGGCUGCUUCAGUCGGAUGCAAACCAUCAAAGAGAUCCACGAGUACCUGUCCCAGAGGCUGCGGAUCAAGGAGGAAGACAUGCGCCUCUGGUUGUACAACAGUGAGAACUAUCUCACUUUGCUGGAUGAUGAAGAUCACAGACUGGAAUACCUUAAAAUCCAAGAUGAGCAGCAUUUAGUAAUAGAAGUUCGAAACAAAGACAUGAGCUGGCCAGAGGAGAUGUCUUUUAUAGCAAACAGCAGCAAAAUAGACAGACAUAAAGUUCCUACUGAAAAGGGUGCUACAGGAUUAAGCAACCUGGGUAACACUUGUUUCAUGAACUCCAGUAUCCAGUGUGUCAGUAACACGCAGCCUCUCACACGCUACUUCAUCUCAGGGAGGCAUCUCUAUGAGCUGAACAGGACAAAUCCAAUAGGAAUGAAAGGACACAUGGCCAAGUGCUAUGGGGAUUUGGUUCAGGAGCUGUGGAGUGGGACUCAGAAGAACAUAGCACCGUUAAAGCUGAGGUGGACAAUAGCAAAAUAUGCUCCAAGAUUUAAUGGCUUUCAACAGCAAGACUCCCAGGAGCUCCUGGCUUUCCUUCUGGAUGGUCUCCACGAGGAUUUGAACAGAGUUCAUGACAAGCCAUACGUGGAGCUGAAGGACAGCGACGGGCGCCCAGACUGGGAAGUAGCAGCAGAGGCCUGGGAAAACCAUCUGAGACGAAACAGAUCCAUAGUUGUAGAUUUAUUUCAUGGGCAGCUGAAGUCACAAGUGAAAUGUAAAACUUGUGGACAUAUUAGUGUUAGGUUUGACCCCUUUAAUUUUUUAUCCUUGCCUUUGCCAAUGGAUAGCUACAUGCACCUAGAAAUUACAGUAAUUAAAUUAGAUGGUACCACUCCUGUUCGAUAUGGCCUGAGAUUGAACAUGGAUGAGAAGUAUACAGGGUUGAAAAAACAGCUGAGUGAACUCUGUGGGCUCAAACCAGAGCAGAUUCUGCUUGCAGAAGUGCAUAGCUCCAAUAUCAAGAACUUCCCUCAAGACAACCAGAAGGUUCGGUUAUCCGUCAGUGGGUUCCUGUGUGCGUUUGAGAUCCCCAUCCCAGGAUCCCCUACAUCAGCAUCCAGCCCUGUGCAGACAGACAUCUCAACUGGGCCAUCAGCGAACGGAACUCCCAACAUCAUGAUGAACGGGGACCUUCCCAAGCCAACCCUGAUUCCAAAUGGAAUGCCAAACAUUGUAGUGCCAUGUGGGACUGAGAGGAACCAUUCCAGCUGGAUGCCCAACGGUCACGUGCCCUCGUUGUCUGAUAGUCCUUGUACAGGGUACAUCAUUGCAGUGCACAGGAAAAUGAUGCGGACGGAGCUGUACUUCCUCUCCUCUCAGAAGAACCGUCCCAGUCUCUUUGGGAUGCCACUGAUUGUCCCCUGCACAGUUCACACCCGGAAAAGAGACCUGUAUGAUGCUGUGUGGAUCCAGGUUUCCAGGCUGGCCAGUCCCCUCCCACCUCAGGAAGCCAGUAACCAUGCACAGGACUGUGAUGACAGCAUGGGCUAUCAGUACCCCUUCACCCUCAGGGUAGUUCAGAAGGAUGGAAACUCUUGUGCUUGGUGUCCAUGGUACAGGUUUUGCCGUGGUUGCAAGAUUGAGUGCACAGAGGACAGAGCCUGUGUGGGGAAUGCUUACAUCGCCGUCGACUGGGACCCCACGGCGCUUCACCUGCGCUACCAGACCUCGCAGGAGCGGAUUGUGGAAGAACAUGAGAGUGUUGAGCAGAGCCGCCGAGCUCAGGCAGAGCCCAUCAACCUGGACAGCUGUCUCAGAGCCUUCACCAGUGAGGAGGAGCUGGGAGAGGAUGAGAUGUACUACUGCUCCAAAUGCAAGACCCACUGUCUGGCCACCAAAAAACUGGAUCUUUGGAGACUUCCCCCUAUUUUGAUCAUUCACCUGAAGAGGUUUCAGUUUGUGAACGGUCGCUGGAUCAAAUCUCAGAAGAUUGUUAAAUUCCCCAGAGAAAGUUUUGACCCAAGUGCCUUUCUGGUACAAAGGGAUCCAAGUCACUUCCAAAGGAAGCAGCUCACACUCCAGGUGGACAGUGUUCCUGAGCCACGACCUCUCCAAGGGGAGCCCAGGAAAACAGAGGUGCAGAACUGUGGCACCCCAGGAGAAGGAGAUACACUCAACAGGAGUCCUUCCUCCCUCAACACUACUGUCUUGAACAAUGUCAAAGCAUCUCCAUCUUUGGGGAGGAAAAGUGGCACCAGCUGUCCCUCAAGUAAAAACAGCAGCCCAAACAGCAGCCCAAGGACUUUAGGCAGAGGCAAAGGGCGUCUGAGGCUGCCUCAGCUGGGGAAAAACAAACUGUCCAGCAGCAAAGAAAACCUGGAUGCCAACAAGGAGAAUGGUACUGAGCAGGAGCAGAGAUUGACCUCUGAUCAAGGGGAUGCCCUCACCAAGGGGCAGGGUUUGGGUGGCAGCCAGAGUGAGCUGUACAGCGCUCAGGACAGUGAGGUGACUCUGGCCAACGGGUACAUCUGUGAGCAGAACACAUACAGCAACGGCAGCAGCAACGGCCAGGGGGACAACCACAGUGAGGAUGACACUGCAGAUGACCAAAGAGAAGAUGUGUGUGUUAACCCUAUUUACAAUCUAUAUGCAAUUUCGUGCCAUUCAGGAAUUAUGGGAGGGGGUCAUUACGUCACUUAUGCCAAAAACCCGAACAACAAGUGGUACUGCUACAAUGACAGUAGCUGUAAGGAGCUGCACCCGGACGAGAUCGACACGGACUCUGCCUACAUUCUGUUCUACGAGCAGCAGGGGGUGGACUAUGCCCAGUUUCUGCCCAAGAUUGAUGGCAAGAAGAUGGCAGACACGAGCAGCAUGGACGAGGACUUCGAGUCCGACUACAAGAAGUACUGUGUCCUGCAGUGA